AUGCAAUCUAUCAAAUGUGUAGUUGUUGGUGAUGGUGCCGUUGGUAAAACAUGUCUGUUGAUAUCUUAUACCACAAAUGCCUUUCCGGGCGAAUAUAUCCCAACUGUAUUCGAUAAUUACUCUGCAAACGUGAUGGUAGACGGAAAACCCAUCAACUUGGGUUUAUGGGAUACAGCAGGCCAAGAGGAUUACGAUCGUCUUCGUCCUCUCUCUUAUCCUCAAACAGACGUAUUUUUGUGCUGUUUCUCUCUUAUCAGCCCCCCUUCAUUUGAAAAUGUCAAAACAAAGUGGUACCCCGAGAUCAGUCAUCAUGCACCCAACAUACCCAUCAUUCUUGUCGGUACCAAGCUUGAUUUGCGUGAGGAUCGAGACACAAUAGAGAGACUUCGCGAAAAGAGGAUGGCACCUAUCUCGUAUGCUCAAGGUUUACAAAUGGCAAAGGAUAUCGGUUCAGUUAAAUACCUCGAAUGUUCAGCACUUACUCAAAAAGGAUUGAAGAAUGUGUUUGAUGAAGCUAUCAGAGCCGUUCUCUCCCCUCCUGUUCGACCAAAGAAGAAGAAGGGCUGUCUCAUUCUCUAA